UGUGGGAGAGAUCUCUGAUCACGGAGACUUUGUUCAUUUGGGAAAUCAAAAUGGAGACUGAGAUUUGUAGUUAGAGAUUGCUUUUGGAGAGACAUGAGGACUAUCAGCAAGCGAAAAACGAAAGCAAUAGAUGCGUCCGUCGGAGGUCUGGUUUGGGUUAGGCGUCGAAAUGGGUCAUGGUGGCCUGGCCGGAUAAUGGGUCUCGAUGAAUUGCCAGAGAGUUGCUUGGUUUCGCCGAGAUCGGGGACUCCUGUGAAGCUCCUGGGAAGAGAGGACGCUAGCGUGGACUGGUAUAAUCUUGAAAAGUCCAAGAGGGUGAAAGCAUUUCACUGUGGGGAGUAUGAUGAGUGCAUUGAAAAAGCAAAGGCAUCUGCAGAUAAUCUUAGCAAGAAAGUUGUGAAAUAUGCUCGCCGGGAAGAUGCCAUUCUUCAUGCCCUUGAGCUUGAAAGUGCUUGCCAAGUGAACAAAGAACAGGAUUUUCACUCCCGAAAGGAUGGAUCGGCUGUUAUGGAACAUGAUUACUGGGUUGGAGAAUCACAAAAGAUGUUUGGUCUGCGCACAGAAAAGGAGUUUGUGGCGGGGAAAGUGAGUACUGCUGAAGGAAGUUCAACACAAGAAUUGUCUCAAUCUGGUUUAUCAUUUGAAGAUCCAAAUUACAUAAGUAGCUCUAAGUUACACUCAAUGCAGAAAAAGAGAGAAAAAACCCCCAAUGAUUCAGAGGAUGAUGGAACUGAAAGAACGAAGCGUAUGAGAGGUCUUGAGGACCUCGGGAUGGUAGUUGUAUCAAAAAGAAACUCCAGUAUUUGUCACACUGAAGUGUCACAUGAGCUAGUUCAACUAGAUGGUGCUUCACUCAGUGAGUCUAAUAUUGGUAAUAGUUUCUCUAAUGGAAGUCCUGUCAAUAGCAGCAGGGAUUACGGCUUAUCCUUAAGAAAAAGACAAUCACAGGUGGCCAAUGUUUAUGAAAGCUUGAAAAGGAAAAAUCGCCGUCGUCCACUAACAAAGGUUUUGCAGAGUACAGCCAUGGUGGCUGUUCCUGUUGUUUGUGAUCAAGGUGCCAGUCCAGGUGGAUCAUCUCUUCGAGGAUUAACAGACAGCAGGGAUUUUGUGCUAGAAUCAACAGAGUCAAAAAAGACAAGCGUUUCAGUGGUAACAAAUAAUAAUUCAGACAGUACUGUGGUUUCAGGUGAGAAGGAAACCUCAUUUAAUGCUUCUGAUCACACUUGUGAUGCCGGAGUUGAUGGUCUUCCAUUUCAUUCUGAAAUGAGGGAUAAUGAAUUUUCCAGUGCUUCAGAAUUCCCUGAUAACGAUUGUUCCGACAGCUUAUUUGAUGUGCCAUUUGUUAGGGAGGGAAAACAUACUGGAGGUUUAUCUCCUUCGUUUGCAUCAUUUUCAUCCAGAAAGCUUCAAUCUGGUGCUGUAGCAGGGGAAUCUAGUCCUUACUCUCAAGUUCGAACCAUAUCCUUAAGAACUGAUGGUCUUGAUGAGUCUGGUUCCACUAGUAUAGUUGCUCGUGUUAAUAAUGCUAGCCGGAGGAUAGAAAAAGCUACAUCAAAGUGGCAGUUGAAAGGGAAGAGAAAUUCAAGGAACCUGAGUAAAACAGUGAACAAAUAUUUGGACUCAAGGAGACCCAGAGACAGCAAUGAUCAGUCAGAUGCUUAUUUGGGGGGUAUACAGCAGAUAGAUGAAUUUCCUGCAAGCUAUGGUCGAAAAGUUGAGGUUGGCACCUUUGGCCGAUCCAGAUUGGAUCCAGAAGGCCUGGGGGAUAGGUCCCAUAAUUGGAGCAGUGAAAUUUCUCAUAGGGAAAUUCAGAUAGGACAUCCCCGUUACUUGGAUUCCAGCAAAUAUGAGAGACUGAAAUUGGGAAGUAGAGAUGUCACAAUCUUGAAAACAGACGGGAAAGGAAGGCAAUCUUUUUCUCAUGAGAAAUCUGUGACACAUAAGAGAAGUGAAGAGCCAUUCUUGGCAAGGCAUAUGCCUAUUUCUUCUCUGACAACUCAAAGGUUACUUCCCCAGUUCCAAUCUCAUUUUACAUCAUACUCCAGAUAUCAGAUUGCAGAUGCACCCAUUAGAAGAUUUUCUGGUGAUUGUUCCUUAUAUGAUGUAAAGCUGGAUGUGCGGGCUAGCUACCGGGGUCAGCAUGUACCUCUGGUUUCACUCAUGAGCAAAUUGAAUGGUAAAGCUAUUAUAGGUCAUCCCAUUACAGUUGAGGUGGUUGACGAUGGUUACUGCGAUCUCCUAAUGAGUAAUUAUGACUGUUGCCCGGCACGUAGCAGUUGUGAUUUAUAUGAUGCCCCACAAGAAAAUAUGUUAGACCAAUCAACAGACGUUCCUAAUAAAUCAUUGCUUCUGGAUGGGGAGGAAAGAACUGAUGGUGUUUUGCAAGCUCUUACCAGUAGGUCAGUUCAGUCCCAUGUGGGGUAUCCCAGGAACCCUGUGAAGCAUUUCAAUGGCCAACCCACUUUAUCUCCUAAAAAGUUUCCCAAGAUUAGGAAAGGUGGGAUUCUGUCAAAGAAGACUCGCAGAUUGUCUUCAUUCACUGUUACUCAUGAGCCAGGUGAGGACAAGAGAAAUCCAGUUGUUGAGAAGCUGAGGGGACCUGAUAUUGCCUGUGUUCCCCUGAAGGUUGUGUUCAGUAGGAUAAAUGAAGCUGUUAACUGUUCAGCACAUCGUGGCCUGACCUGUAGCGGCCCAUGAUGCAAUGACAUUUUCUAAGGGUCUGGUGCGGCAGGACUCGUGCCUUUUCGGUUCAAAGGGGAAUGAAUCGAUACUGGUUUGAGACCUUCAAUUCACAAUUAAUCAAUGUGUACUCAGUAUUUAGCAAUGUACAUGCUGACUGAUGGUAGAAAGAUAUAUUAGUCGUGCUCUCUUUUUUUAACUGACAAGAUUGGCAUUUCAUUGUUGUAGAAUGGAACUGGUUGGAGGCACUUUUUUACCCUAGUUGAAUCUUGUCGCGGAUCGUCGUGGUAUAGAACGAUGAGAGUGGGCUGUAGUGUCUUUGUAUAUGAUGUAAUAUUAUUUUCUAGUGUAAAGAUUAUCUGGUUUUUUUAUUUUAGUUGAUGC